AUGGCAGACGCACUCUGUGGGCCCUCGAAUGCCCUCCAGAACUUCCAAAAGCACACUUCCGUGGACCGCACCCUCCAACAGGAUCGCCUGGCUAACCGUCAAUCUCCAAACCAGGGUUUCAGAUCUUCCCCAGGUCCCAACGCUGGAGUCCUCGAUCCCGAAUUCAAUGCCUUCCAAGCCGGUCACUCAGGACUGCACCAACCAGACUUCUACCUACACGCCCAUCCACAACCGCUACCGCAAUUCCAACCUCAGCCUGCCCAAGCAGCUCCAGACUGGGCUUCCGACUUCCAGCGGCUGAACAUCGCCGCUCCCCAAGCUCCACGGUUCCAGCAGCAUGUGCCUCAAGUCUCCAAUGCGCCUGCAUCAUGGCACCAGGACUUCAUGAGCCAGCAACAGCAGCAGCAGCCAUCGCAUGCCCAGAAUACCUUCCCGCAGUGGAAUGCGCCGAGCAUGUCGCCCGGCAUGGCGUGGGGAGGAUCGAGUUUCCAGCAACGAGCGGGUUUCGGAAUGGCGAACCAAGCUCCCAUGUCAGAAGUUGCCAUGGGGAAACAGCGCGCGGACGAGCAAGUCCCGGCUUUUGAUAACGCAGCGUUCGAUAAAGCCUUCCAAGAUGUGCAGAAUGAGUUGAUGCAGCAAGCUCAGGAUCAGGGAGCGACGCAAGCGCCUACACAGCAGCAGAGGCAGGAAGAUACACAGAUGUUGUCUGAGACUCUACGAGGAGAACAGGAAGGACCUUCUGCUCUGAAUCGCGCUCAGGACUAUCGGGAAGAGUCUCGCCCGCAAGAGCAGCAGGGACCUUCUGCUUUAAACCUCGCCCAAGAUUACCGGGAAGAAACUCGUCUGGCCGAGGAGAAUGAUCCCGUGUUGCUCUCUAUACGGGAUAAACGUCUUCCUGUAUACACCGCAAUCAAAUUACGCAGUGCGGCCGAUUUGGGCCAGCACGACGAAACUCUACAAUGGCUACAGAGCCUUGAAUCUCAAGAGCAAAGCGGCAGGUUGACCGAGGACGUGAGCGAGGCCCGUUGGGCAGUGGAAGCGCUGCAGAAACUAUCCACUCGUGAUACUACAUCUGAGAUCCAGCUACGGGCCGAAAAGCUCAUCACUGCCGUCAACCAACGACUCAUGUCACAGUAUCCCCUACUAUCGACAAGAGUGCCCAUUAAUCACGAGAACAUAAUGGAGGAGCUAGAAGCAGCCGGCUACAACACAGGGCAACUCCAAGACGAGCCCCAGCACCAGCACCAACAACCCGAGCAGCAAAAGAAGGAGCAGCAGCAACCGACACGCCACGACGAUGACGAAAUGGCCGACACAGCGGGCAAGCUCCUCGAGCGCGUCGCAGACAACACCUCCGAGAAAUUCCAAAACAGCCAAUUCCUCGAACUCAUGCGGCGCCUCCGCGACCGCGAAGUCAAAGUCGAAGGCGACAAGAUGGUAGAAGUCAGUAACACCACCCCUCCCUCGACCGCACCACCCGCACCCGCCCCCUCGACAUCGAUCCCCGACAUCGACGCCGGCAUCCUCAACCACUCCGCCCAGGACUUUGGCAUGCCGAUGGACUCGGAGAUGAGCCUCGACGAACGGUCAGAUAUGGCACCCCCAUUCAGCGACCCCAGGACUGACGAGAUCACAGAGCAGUUUAAUUGGUACGGCGGCGCCAACGGGAAUCAAUACUACCCUAGGUGA